UAACAAAGGAAUUAAUUAGUGAUUCCUUUUAAAAUGUUUGCUUAUGAAUAAAUCUAAACACCCCCUUAUUUCCUGUAAAAGAAACCCAUCCACUUCCGUCUUCUCUGCAGCAGCAUCAAGCUUCCUUCAUCACCUUCUUUAAGGUCUUUCACAAUAGUUGUCACCAAUUUAAAAUAAGAACUUUGAGGAAUGGCUGAUGGAGAAGAGGACUUGCCAAGGGAUGCCAAGAUUGUUAAAACAUUGCUGAAAUCAAUGGGUGUUGAAAACUAUGAACCUCGUGUUGUGCACCAGUUUCUAGAACUUUGGUACCGUUACGUAGUGGAUGUGCUCACCGAUGCGCAGGUGUAUUCAGAGCAUGCUGGCAAGGCUACUAUCGAUUCUGAUGAUGUCAAACUCGCCAUUCAGUCUAAAGUCAAUUUCAGCUUCUCCCAACCCCCUCCACGAGAGGUUCUUUUAGAAUUGGCGAGGGAAAGGAACAAAAUUCCGUUGCCAAGGUCACUGAGUGGACCGGGGAUGGCGCUGCCUCCAGAGGCAGAUACUUUAAUCAGUCCAAAUUACCAGCUUGCGAUUUCGAAGAAACGAACAAAUGAAGCUGUUGAAGAAACAGAGGAAGAUGAAGAAGCUAGUGAUUCUAAGCAGAACUCGUCUCAAGAACAGAGGACUGAUAUGCAACAAAAUACCCCUCAACGAGUUUCCUUUCCACUUGGCCCGAAACGACCAAGGUGAACCAUGGCUUAAUGAGCGAAUUUGCCUAACGUUUGUCUCUCCCCUUUUGUUAUCUAUUCCAGUGUUACUUAAAGUGAAUGUUGUUAGUUAUCAAUGUUUGUUACAGGUGAAGUUGUAGUUUGAAGCAUUUGAAUACCCAUAUAGCUUUAUAUCAUUAUGUUUAGUUUAGUCUAUAUACAAACAUUCAUGGACACA